AUGACUACCCCCGCCCCCACCAAAAAGACCUUUACCAUCGGCACCCGCAAAUCUAAACUGGCUCUGCUCCAGACAGAUUUAGUCCUCGAGGCAUUGAAGAAAGCAUUCCCGCAAUAUGAAUAUAAGGUAUUCUCCAAGGAGACAACCGGUGACCUGAACACCACUAUCGCACUACGGGAUUUCACCACCAAGAACCUGUGGACGGAGGAAUUGGAGGAAUUGAUGAUCAACGGACAGGUCGAUCUUAUCGUCCACUCGCUGAAAGAUGUCCCCACUACUCUCCCCUCUUCCUGCAAGCUAGGCCCGACUAUGCCCCGCGAAGAUAGCAGGGAUGUACUUGUGGUGAAACAAGGGUUGCCAUACAAAAGUCUUUCCGAGAUCCCCGCCGGGUCCGUAGUUGGAACCUCGUCCAUCCGCCGCACAGCACAGUUGGCCCAGAAAUACCCCCACCUGAAAGUCCAGGAUGUCCGUGGUAACAUCGGCACUCGCCUAUCAAAGCUAGAUGCUGAAGAUAGCCCGUACACAUGUGUCAUUCUUGCCGCUGCUGGUCUGCUGCGUCUUGAUUUGACGGAUCGUAUCACCCAAUAUUUGGACUCCAAAAACAGCGGCAUGCUCUAUGCUGUCGGACAGGGUGCCCUUGGCAUCGAAAUUCGCAAGGAAGACGCUGUUUUGCAGAAUAUGUUGGACACGAUUGGUGAUCAAGAUACCACAUUCUCGGUCUUGGCUGAGCGCAGUCUUUUGCGGACUCUUGAGGGAGGCUGCAGUGCCCCGCUAGGCGUUGAAACCGAAUGGGUCCAAAAUGCGCAGGGUGCCAAGCAGUUGCGAAUGCGGUCUGUGGUCGUCAGUGUCGAUGGCAAAGAAUGUGCUCAGGUAGAAUUGGAAGCCGACGUCACCUCUGCUGAAAGUGCUGAGGCCUUCGGCGUCACCGUAGCCAAGGCCCUGGUCGCCGACGGCGCUGGAGACAUUCUCGAGGCUAUCCAACAGAACAAGGCCAAGGAGACUGUUUCCACUGCAGUCUGA